UUUGAGCAGUCCACUGCUUUUUAACAUGUGAUGAUGAUCUGCGCAAAUAAAGGGAGCAGUUUAGUUUGAUUUUGCAUAUCCUGUUUAAAAAUAAAGAUGACACACCUUAAGCAGGUGAAAGAAGUAUAACAGAAAGGGGAAAAAGACGACAUUCUGUGUCUGUACACGUAGUAUUAACCUCAGUAAACUUGAACGGACACACGUUUUGAGUAAAGGAGAGAGGGUGAACACUAAAAUGAGUCAAAAGAAGAGAGAAAAUGAGGACUCUGCUUCUGAAACGAGUUCUGCAUCUGGAUCAAGCUGUGUGUCUGUGAGGAGUGAUCGGUCCAUGGUUCUUAAAACUCCUUCACUCAGGGAUGCAUCAGUGACCUCUGACCCCCGAAGAAAAAAGAUAUGUAAGCUGAGCACAUCGGUGCCACACUCUACAUCCAACUAUCAUACUCACAUUAUACAGGACAAUAUUGAAGCACACACACUGGAGACUGGAGACCUGCAGAGAGUCAAAGACCAGCACAAAACCAGCAUGAAGAACAAAUAUGAGAGAUUAUUUGAGGGAAAUGAACUCCAAGAGAACCAAACCCUCCUAAACCGGAUCUACACCCAGCUGUACAUCAUAGAGGGAGAGAGUGAAGGAGUGAAUGAAGAACAUGAGGUUUUACAGAUGGAGAAAACAGCCAGAACAAAACACUCACAACACACUCCAAUCUACUGCAAUGACAUCUUUAAAGAGGAGAAAGAGCAAAUCAAGACUGUUCUUACUAAAGGCAUCGCUGGAAUCGGAAAAACCGUCUCUGUGCAGAAGUUCAUUCAGGACUGGGCCGAGGGAAAAGCCAAUCAGGAUGUAGAUUUCAUGUUUGUGCUUCCAUUUCGAGAGCUGAACUUGAUCAGAGAUCAUCAGUACAGCCUUCACAGACUUCUGCUGGACUUUCAUCCUGAACUUGAAGAUCUGGAGCCCAAGAUUUAUGAGGAGUGUAAAGUUGUGUUCAUCUUUGAUGGUCUGGAUGAAAGCAGAAUCACACUGAUGUUUUCAGACGCUCAGAAAGUUUGUGAUGUGACUGAGACUUCAUCAGUGGCUGUGUUGAUGUCAAAGCUGAUGAAAGGAGAGCUGCUUCCCUCUGCUCUCAUCUGGAUCACCUCCAGACCAGCAGCAGCCAAUCAGAUCCCCUCCAAAUACAUCAAGCGUCUGACAGAAAUUCAGGGAUUCACUGAGCCUCAGAAGGAGGAAUAUUUCAGGAAGAGAAUCAGUGAGCAGCAUCAAGCCAGCAGAAUCAUCUCACACAUCAGAAGAGCAAGAAGCCUCCACAUCAUGUGCCACAUACCCGUCUUCUGCUGGAUCUCAUCCACUGUGCUUCAGAAGCUCCUGGAAGAAGAUCUGAGUGCAGAAAUCCCUCAAACUCUGACUGAAAUGUACAUCCACUUCCUGCUGAUUCAGAUCAACAUGAGGAAUCAGAAGUAUGAAGAGAGAGAUCCAGAGAAACUCCUGCAGUCCAACAGAGAAGUGAUUGUCAAACUUGCUGAAGUGGCUUUCAAACAGCUGAUGAAGGGCAAUGUGAUGUUCUAUGAGGAGGACCUGAUUGAGAGCAGCAUAGAUGUCUCUGAUGCCUCAGUGUAUUCUGGGAUUUGCACUGAGAUCUUUAAGGAGGAAUCUGUGAUUCAGCAGAGGAAAGUCUACAGCUUCAUCCAUCUGAGUGUUCAGGAGUUUCUGGCUGCUUUCUAUGUGUUUUACCUUUAUGUAAUGCAGAAUGUGGACACAUCUCGUUUUUUAGAUGUAAUUCAUAGUCUGCAUAAGGAAGCAGUAGAUAAAGCCAUCAAGAGUGAGAAUGGGCGUCUGGAUCUGUUCCUGCGGUUCCUGCUGGGCGUCUCACUGGAGUCCAAUCAGAGACUCUUACAGGAUCUACUGACACACACAGAGAAGAGCUCAGAGAGCAUCAGGAGAAGCACACAGUACAUUAAAGAGAAGAUCAGAGAUGGACAUGGACUCUCCACUGAAAGAUCCAUCAAUCUGUUCCUCUGUCUGCUGGAAGUGAAAGAUCAGACUCUGUCCAGAGAGAUUCAGGAGUUUGUGAAAUCAGACAAACAGUCAGAGAAGAAACUCUCUCCUGCUCACUGCUCAACAAUCGCCUACAUGCUUCAGAUGUCAGAGGAGGUGCUGGAUGAGCUGGAGCUCCAGAAAUACAACACAUCAUAUGAGGGCAGAAGAAGACUGAUACCAGCCGUCAGCAACUGCACAAGAGCUCUUGAGUGUUUUUUAAGUCACAAUUUUAGCUUCUUGUGUAUAUUUAGAUUGUUUUUAAUUCUUUUGUUCUGCUCUUCUUUCAGUCUUGCUGGCUGUAAUCUCGCUGCUCAGGAUUGUGAAAUUGUGUCGUCAGUUCUUCAAUCCUCAAACUGUGUCCUGAGAGAGCUGGACCUGAGUAACAAUGACCUGCAGGAUUCAGGAGUGAAGCUGCUCUCUGAUGGACUGAAGAGUCCAAAGUGUCAGCUGGAGAUACUGAGGUUGUCUGGCUGUAUGGUGACAGAGGAAGGCUGUGGUUUUGUGUCUUCAGCUCUGAGUUCAAACCCCUCACACCUGAGAGAGCUGGAUCUGAGCUACAAUCACCCAGGACAAUCAGGAGUCCAGCUGCUCCAAAACACACUGGAGGAUCCACACUAUACACUGCAGAAACUCAAUUUAGAGAGUGGAGGAGAUUUCAGAAUCACACCAGGAUUGAGAAAAUAUGCUUGUCAUCUCUCACUGGAUCCAAAUACUACACAUAGUCGUCUGAUCCUGUCUGAAGAGAACAGAAGAACAACACAUGUGAAAGAUCAUCAAAUUUAUCCUGGUCAUCCAGAGAGAUUUGAACACUAUGAGCAGGUUCUGUGUAGAGAGACUCUGACUGGACGCUGUUACUGGGAGGCUGAAUGGAGCGGCUGGGGUCAUACUGCAGUGGCUUAUAAAGGAAUCAGCAGGAAAGGAGGAAGCGACUGUUGGUUUGGACUCAAUGAUAAAUCCUGGAGUCUCUAUUGUGGUGAUAAUAUUUACUCUGUUUGGCACAAUAAUAAGAGGACAAACAUCCCCACUCCUUCAUCUCCCUCUAAUAGAGUAGGAGUGUAUGUGGACGUGCCGUCCGGCUCUCUGUCCUUCUACAGCAUUUCUGACACACACUCUCUCACACACUUACACACGUUCAACACCACAUUCACUGAAGACCUCUAUGCUGGGUUCAGGGUUUUUCCUGAUUCUUCAGUGACUCUGUGUAAUAUUUAAAAAACACUUUAAAGAUAUGAAGCAUGAAGGGGAAGAAACACAAAAAUGUUGCCAUAGACAAGUAGUUCUUAGUCCUUAGUCCUCGCACUUUGUUCAUUCAUUCAUUCAUUCAUUCAUUCAUUCAUUUUCUUUUCGGCUUAGUCCCUUUAUUAAUCUGGGGUCGCCACAGUGAAAUGAACCGCCAACUUAUCAAGCAUGUGUAUUACACAGCGGAUGCCCUUUCAGCUGCAACCCAUCAGUGGGAAACACCCAUACAAACUCAUUCACACACAUACCAAUUCACUUAUACUACAUGUUUUUGGACUUGUGGGGGAAUCCGGAGCACCAGGAGGAAACCUACGCAAACAUGGGGAGAACAUGCAAACUCCACACACAAACGCCAACUGACCCAGCCGAGACUCGAACCAGCUACCUUUUUGCUGUGAAGGAAACAUGCUAUCCACGGCGCCACUGUUCCACCCACUUUGUUCCAUUCGACUGUAAAUGCCCUGCAUGUUCAAUUCAAAGGGUAACGUGUGCAGAACAUAAUUCAGUUAAAUAACCCCGUACACGUCUGUAAUAAAUGGAAACACCACAAACAGUGGUAUAGCACGAAUCAUUUUUUUUAAUGUGCAGUAUGUAGAAUUGAACUAGUGGUUGACGUAGGUAUUGCAGUCUAAAUUCAAAGUAUCGGAGAGGGGUUUUUUUCACUCGGCCCCUCCAGUUACGACACAACGCAGACACAGGUUACCAGAUGGACAGCACAAACAUGAUCGAGCUUGUAAUAUUUGUCACUAUUGGGCAUCAAAAUAACGUUGUCCUUAGACGCUGGCUAGACAUUGAAUUUUGGUCACCUGACAUCACAACCUAAAUCUAACCUAAUAUUGACGUCUUAUGAUGUUGUUUGCCUGCUGCACAAUACCUAAAUGCACUACAGAAUGUUACAUUAACAUGUAAACACCUCAGCUUUUUACAGCGUAAUUCUCACUAAAUGCUCUUGUGUACUUUUGAAGGGGCAACUUUAUACUCAUACUUUGAGUAAUAUUUACAAUAGAUACUUUUACUCUACUUACACUACAUUUUUAGGCAAGUAAUGGUACUUUUAUUUGAGUAUGAGUUCUCAGUACUCUUUCCACUGUAAUCAACAUUGCAGAAAACAACUGUCUAAGGGCAAUUUUGAGUGAACAGUGAAAAAGUAUUAAAUUAUUUAUUCAAUGUUUGUUCUUAUCCUCAUCGUAAUAAAGUUUUGCCUUUAAAAAAAAAAUGUUAAUGGACCCGUGAGCAUCAGAGGUGAAUCUAUAAUGAUGUUUUGCGCCACGAGAGGGUGCAGUUUAGCUAGACUUUCAGCCUGGUUAAAAAUACAGACACACACAAUAACCAGGUAAAAACGAAAGAGAAGAUGACAUUCUGUGGCUUUUACCCUUAGUAAACCUGAAUGUGUUGUGAUUGUAUGUUAUGACGUGUGUGGCCACUAGAUGGCACCAGAGGUUUGUAAGGGGUUAUGUGAAAUGGGAGCAGGCGUUAGAACAAGACGGCAUCAGGCAGA